AUUGAAGGCUACUUAAUGUCUUGGGGGCCUGAGUGCCCGCUACAGUAGCAGCUACUGACUUCAAUCUUUAUAAUUAGUCUGCAACUUUCUCUGUCUUUCCCUUUCUUGGUACCACUAUGUCUGGGCAACUGUCGCGAAUCCUGCCCACCACUGUGCUGGGUGCCUUGGAGAUAGGAAGCAGCUUGGAUGUGACCUCCAGCGCCGCGGUGGUGCGCGCCUACCUGCAGCGCGGCCACACUGAGAUAGACACCGCCUUCGUGUAUGCGGAUGGCCAAUCCGAGAGCAUCCUGGGGGGCCUAGGACUUGGGCUAAACCACAGCGGCUGCAAAGUGAAAAUUGCCACAAAGUCUGUUCCAAUGCUUGGGACACCAAGGACACUUGACAACAUCCGGUUCCAGCUGGAGACGUCGCUGAAGCGGCUGCAGUGUCCCCGGGUGGACCUCUUCUACCUACACAUGCCAGACCACAACACCCCUAUAGAGGAGACACUGCAGGUCUGUCACCAGCUGCAUCAGGAGGGCAAGUUUGUGGAGCUUGGCCUGUCCAACUAUGCCUCCUGGGAAGUGGCUGAGAUCUGUACCCUCUGCAAGAAAAAUGGCUGGAUUAUGCCAACUGUGUACCAGGGAAUGUACAAUGCUAUUACCCGGCAGGUGGAGAAGGAGCUCCUCCCCUGCCUCAGACAAUUUGGAUUGAGAUUCUAUGCCUACUGCCCUUUGGCUGGGGGCCUACUGACUGGCAAGUACAAAUAUGACGUAGAAGAUGAGAAGCAGCCCUUGAGCCGCCUGUUUGGGAAGAAAUGGGAUAAUUUCUACCGGGAUUGGUUUUGGAAGAAAGACUACAUCGAGGGCAUUGACCUUGUGAAGAGGUCCCUGCAGACCACCUACGGCAGCAGUGCCCCCAGCAUGACCUCAGCUGCCCUGCGCUGGUUGUACCACCACUCAGAGCUCCAGGGCCAACGAGGGGAUGCAGUCAUCUUGGGCAUAUCCAGCCUGGAACAGCUGGAACAGAACUUGGCGGCCACUGAGGAAGGGCCCCUGGAGCCGGCUGUCGUGGAUGCCUUUAACCAAGCCUGGAACCUGGUCGCCCACGGGUGUCCCAACUACUUCAGAUAGAUGUCCUGGCUCAAGCCGCCAAGGGCUUUCCCGCCACCUCUUGGCCAUUCCCUGCCUGAUGCUGACUCAGUGUGACCCUUCUGCUGGUCUCCACCCAUGCAGUCUUCUAGAUGGCAGCCCUGCUCUCUGUCACCUCACCAUGAGGAAAAGUCGGGGCUGAGUCCUACAGUAGCGCUUCCUGUCUGAAUAAAGCGGGCAUCUGCCUGGCUGCAGCCAGCACUGAA